UGGCGAAUGGAACAGUAGUGCGAGUAACGAUAACAAGUACAUCCUCAGACUGAAGGGACCGGCAUCCCUUAACCAAGCUCCUGCCCUUAUCCCUCCCAACUCUGACAAGUUGCUGUGCCAAUGCUAAGUGAUUUCUAGGAGCGGAGCAGGGACACUUCAAUGCUCAGAGCAGUGAUAACUUACUGAGUGGGGCUGACUGAGAGCCACACUGACACAACUACAGUGCACAGAACCAAACGAGCUGACAGCCGCAAGCCUGGAUCCCACAAGUGGAGCUGACAGCGACUGCAAAAGCAGCAGAGCAGCAAGACUGGAUCCCGCAAGUGGAGCUGACAAGGGAAGGAGCAGCACGGUCGCUAUACUGGAUCUGACAAGUGGAGCUGACAGGACAGGGCGCAGCCGCACAACCCUGUCCGGGAUGAACCUGGCGGUGUUUGCGCGCACAAGCUAUGUAGACAAGGUGUGCCCUAGUGACCAGGAGGCCAGCCUGCCGUCCCCUCUGUCCAGUCGGGGAGAGGAGCUAGGUUCAGACGGGGACUUUGUAGCCAACAGCCCGAAUCAUGUCCUCUGUCCCAGAGAUUGCGAAAUGGACACUGACACCGGUAGCCUUGGGGGGGAUGAAGAAGAUGAAGUGGAAGAAGAGGAGGAGGUAAACCCAGAGAGAAAUGGGGUCUCGGCAGAUGGUUCUACGCAAUGCCGAGCACAAAUUGUUGAGGGGGGCAAAACAAAGACUUACACCCGCCGCCCGAAACCUCCUUACUCCUACAUCGCACUCAUAGCCAUGGCUAUUAAAGACUCAGCCAGUGGGCGCCUGACCCUUGCAGAGAUCAAUGACUAUCUGAUGAAGAAGUUCCCAUUCUUCAGGGGUAGCUACACGGGCUGGAGGAACUCGGUGCGACACAAUCUUUCCCUCAACGACUGUUUCGUCAAAGUUCUGCGGGACCCAUCACGGCCUUGGGGCAAAGACAACUACUGGAUGCUGAACCCGAAUAGUGAGUACACCUUCGCAGACGGCGUCUUCAGACGCAGAAGGAAGCGACUUAACAGGGUCACCAAGUGCCUCAAAGAGCAGGAUUUGCAAGGGCUUGCAGAACAGCAGCAUCAAAUGAUGAACCCAACAAAAGCCAGCCAAGGAUCUUCUCCCUCAUCGAGCCGGCUGAUCAUGGCACCCUCAGCACCAUCAUCCUCCUCUACAAACUCCUCCUCCAACAGGUCUGCCAAAGAAACCAACUCAGGGACCAAGUUUUCCAGCUCCUUUGCAAUUGAAAGUAUCUUGAGUAAACCUUUCCAGAGGAGAGAAAGGGAACCAGAUCCAAGAUCAUCAAGUGGAAGGAUCCUUUGGCCAACAGGUGCUUUGCUGCAUUCUCCCUCCUCUGCCCCUUCUUAUCCUAUUGUAUCUUACACUCCAUCCACCACACUGCCUGCCCCAUCUGCCUUGUACCCUAUUAGUCCCCUUGCAAGCAAUGCAUCCUCCUUGCACUUACAACUCUACAGAUACUGCAUGCCUGAAGCCUUGCUGUUGCUAAUGGAUCCCAGGAGUGAGGGACAUCUGUCUCCAGAUCCAAGAGAUGACCAGUUGUCUCAUCGUGUUCCUCCCCAGCAUCCCCAUCUCUUCUCACCACCAUGUUCUACAAAGACUCUUUCAGAACAGCUGGGUAACCCUGAGCUUUUGCGCACCCUGCGCACUGCAGGUGCUUACCACCCUUAUCGCCAUGAGACAUUGCUAGCAUGAUAGUGAAGGGAGGGGAAGGUAUGUUAGUUUGUAGCACCCUCUGAAACCUGCAUUUUGCCUUUUUCUAUUUAAGUGCCUUUUUCCAAAUUGGAGUGUUGUGGCAUCAUUUCCAAAGAGUUUGUAUGCUGGCAAUACAAGAGGGAAAUCAGGUUACCUUAUUUGGCUGUUAUUAUGCAAUGUUACGAAUACCAUUUCAGACUGGUGGCAUAAGUGUACAUCUCAAUAGAUACUCACACAUGAUUUAUUUUUAUUGUCAAGGCUUAUUUCCUUUUAUAGCCAAGGCAAUUGAUGCUUAUAUAAUAUAUAUGUACACAGAUUUGCAUUGUUUAGAUGUUUGUUAAUGCCAACAUAUGUUUGCUAACAACAUCCCCCAAAGGCAAACGUUCACCAUUGUUCCUUCCUGUGUAGGUAUCUAGGAACUGUACUUUUAGCUAAUCCAAAGAACAAGCUUUAAAAUUGCCAGUGGAUCAACUGAAUCCAUAAAAUAUACAGAUAGUCUUGCAGCACUAGAUAAAGGACAGGCACCCUUUGGCAGCCCAGCUGUUGGAAUUCAGCCCCCUGCACCAUUUCAGCUUAGAUUGUAGAGUAAUUUUAGGUGUUGUUAUUGUGCAUCAGCUGAUGUGCUUGAGGUUGUCUGUGCCUCAUCUAGAGCCACACUGUAGUGGUAAUUUAAUCAUAGCAAGGUCCUUUAAAAGUGCCACCGAUCUAUAAUACUCCUUGUAUCCUUUUAGUGUGGCUGUGCCACAGAUUCUGCACUGAUCUAUUUCUUCUAUCCCAAAGGUGUAAAAAAUUACCUUUAACUGCACUUUUUCCUUUUUAAAUAAAAAAAAAAGAUAUACAAUAUAUCACCUUUAAAUAUAUUUUAGUGAUGUAAUACAGGGUAUUGAAAUUUUGUGCCUUUUCGAGAAAUAUUUUAAGAUGUUAAGGUUUUGUAAUGCAGUUUCUUUAAAUUCCCACAGCAUCAAAUUACCUCGACUUCAGCCAGUUUUCCUGGUUGUUACUUUUUGUUUGACAUGUUAUAUAUUUCAGAUGUUUUGUUCUGCCAUUCUUGAAAUGCCAAGUACAGUGCCUACUGUAUCAAGUAGUCAUGCUAUUUUAGGACCAUUCUCUGUGCAUACUGUAUUGCAGUCUGCCAAUAUAGUGAGAGAUUUACACAAUCCCAGGUCAUUUCUGCUGUAAACACAGGCAUAUCUGUGCCAAAAAUGAUUAACUGUCUGUGUCUUAAAUUAUUUAUAGUUUUUGUAACACAAUCUUUAAUGACAGGUGACCACUUACUGCUUGUGGCCCAUAUAAAAUCUUAAAAAAUAUAUAUAUAUAUAUAUAUAUAAGCUCGAAUCGAGCUAGAGUAUAGAUUAAUUACUGGCAAGAUUUUUUUUCCGGAAAAAAAAGCAUAAACACUGCCAACACUGAGCAGAUUUUUUUUUUGUCUUUUUGUAUUUGUGUUUUUAUAUGUGUAUUUUAUUGAACUGAGCUAUACCGCUUAUUUUGAAAUAAAAUU